AUGGAAGCAAUGCACCUCCGUAGCAUCUCCAUCUUCCUCCUCCUUUCUCUCGUCCUCUUCCAUGUCGUCUCCGCCACCACCAUUAUGAUGAUUAACAAGUGCCCCCACCCAGUUUGGCCCGGAAUCCAACCCGGUGCCGGACAGCCAGUCCUCGCACGCGGCGGUUUCAAACUCCCCCCUAAAAGAUCCUACACUCUCUUCCUCCCACCCGCCUGGUCCGGCCGUCUUUGGGGCCGUGAAGGCUGCGCCUUCGACGCUUCCGGCCGAGGAAAAUGCUCUACAGGAGACUGCGGUGGGUCACUCUACUGCAACGGCAUGGGUGGUACCCCACCGGCGACUUUAGCCGAAAUCACCCUCACCGCAGAACAGGACUUCUACGACGUCAGUCUCGUCGACGGGUACAACAUUCCGAUAUCUAUAACACCAUUUAAGGGUACCGGGAAAUGCACGUAUGCAGGGUGCGUUAGCGAUCUAAAUGUGAUGUGUCCGGUGGGAUUACAGGUCAGGUCGCAUGACAAGCGGCGCGUGGUUGCCUGUAAGAGCGCGUGUUCGGCGUUUAACUCGCCGAGAUUCUGUUGUACGGGGAGCUACGGCAACCCGCAAACAUGUAAACCGACGGCGUAUUCGAGGAUCUUCAAGGUGGCUUGCCCGAGGGCUUAUUCAUAUGCGUACGAUGAUCCGACAAGUAUUGCUACUUGCACCGGAGCUAGUUACUUUCUCACUUUCUGUCCACACCAUUAG